AAUUUCUCGGCUGCACUCAUUCUCUCUCUCUCUAUGCCGCUUUCUCUCUCCUCUCUCUCUCUCUCUCUCUCUCCGCUCUCUGAAGAAAGUAAUAAUCAGCAAACCGAAACCAAAAGCGAUUCCUUCCCUCUUUAUCAUCAAUCUUUUGAAACCCUAAAGGCCCAACUGAAGAAAUCCCAAAGGUGAGACCUUUUCUGAGUUCUCCUUUGCUCCAGUUUGAACUCACAAAGAUUUUUAUUGGGAUUUUGUGAGGGAUGAAGAUAUCAUUAUCAUCUUGUGGGCCUAAUCUCAGGGAUUUAGCACAACGGAGAGCAUGUUCUUGCCGUUUCCUCUCUAUUGCUGUUUUCAUAUGUUUCACUUCAUUUGUAGGAAGCCCUUAUGUUCUUGACUAUAAACACAGAUUAUCAUCAGCAUGGGCAGCUACAGACUCUAUGCAGAAGGAUCAAUCCAGCUUAUGCGAGUGCAAACCUUUGGGAAGUGAAAAUUUGCCUAAAGGAAUAAUUUGCAAAAACUCAAACUUGGAAUUUCUGCCAGUAUCCUUACGCUCAUGGAAAAGAAAGGGUAGUGAAAAAGAAGCAAGGAGCUUGUUGGCUAUUGCAGUUGGAAUAAAGCAAAAGGAAGUAGUGGAUCUAAUUGUGCAAAAGUUCCUUUUGAGUAAUUUCACUGUAAUGCUUUUCCACUAUGAUGGCGUUGUUGAUGAAUGGAGCGACUUGAAAUGGAGUGGUAGUGCCUUACAUGUCUCUGCAAUCAAUCAAACAAAAUGGUGGUUCGCCAAACGUUUCUUACAUCCAGAUAUAGUUGCUGAAUAUGACUAUGUUUUCCUCUGGGAUGAGGACCUUGGAGUGGAAAAUUUUCAUCCUCAACGUUAUAUAUCAAUUAUUAAAAGAGAAAAGUUGGAGAUAUCACAACCUGCAUUAGAUACUGCAAAGUCGCUGGUCCAUCAUCAGAUCACUGCACGUGGGAGGAAAGGAGAUGUGCACAGAAGAAUUUACAAGUAUAGGGGCGGUGGAAGGUGUUAUGAGAAUAGUACUGCUCCUCCAUGCACAGGGUGGGUUGAAAUGAUGGCUCCUGUGUUCUCCAGAGCAGCUUGGCGUUGUGUAUGGUAUAUGAUUCAGAAUGAUCUAAUUCACGCGUGGGGCCUAGACAAGAAGCUUGGUUAUUGUGUUCAGGGUGAUCGGACUCAACAUGUGGGGGUGGUGGACGGGGAAUACAUAGUUCACUUGGGUAUUCCUACUCUUGGUAGUGUUAUAGACCAUAAGGUAAGUCUGGAAACAUCCAGCAAUGACUCCCAAUUACAAACACCAAAUUCAGGGAAGGCGUUGCAGAUGCCUCCAGUGUCAUCUAUCUUCAGUGGUAGAUCUGCUGUAAGAAUGAGAUCUUUCACCGAGUCAGAAAUUUUCAAAAGGAGAUGGAAAAGAGCAGUGGCAGAAGAUAAAUGCUGGAGAGAUCCAUACCCAGAACCCAAAAACAAAACUGGCACUUAAUAGCACUGUUUCUUUCAAGUUCUUUUUUUGCUUUAAAAGCUCCUGGAUUGCUUCAGACCAGCUCAAGCUCAUACAGAAAAGAGUGAAUUAUUCAAGAGAUUACCAUCAAGUACAGGAAAUGACAAUAACAUUUUGGAGUAAACGGAUCAAUAUCAAGUGAGACAACCAAGCCAGGCUUAAAUGUAUAAGUUGGUGUUUUUGGGAUGUGUACAGAAUAUGUAAAUGAUAAGAAUUUGUGAAAAGCAUCUAUUAUUUCUCAAUAAUAGUACUCAAUUUUCAUUGGAUAGUUCU